UCACCGCGGUAAUUUCCUAGCCGAAACAUUCAAUCUGUUUAGACUGCAAUCGGUGCAUAUUUGCCUCUGUAUUUUAAGCAUCAUUCUGUCAUAUAACUAAUUUCCCCAUUUAAUGUCAUAUUUCCGUUUAGUCGGGUAACGGUAGCUGGCUUGAUAAAAUAGCCUAUCACUAGGCUAGUCGCUAACUAGCAAGGUUAGCUGGCUACCACUUCCUACCAUGAGCUCACCAAUCUACUGCCCUCCUGCUAAAGAAGAGGAGGUCUGCUGGACGGAGAAAGAGGGUCUGUGGCUGAACAUUGUCGUGAAAGAGGAGGAUACCACAGUAAAACAAGAAGUAGAGGGUGAGGCUGUUACAGUGAAAGAAGAAGAGAAAGACGCGUUCAAAGUGAAAGACGAGGAGGAUGUUACAAUAAAAGAGGAGGAUGCAGUUUUUGGAGUGAAGGAGAGAGAGAUAACUGUCACAUUGAAGGAGGAGAAGGAAGAACAGGAGGAGGAGGAGGAGACAGGCGAUCUGAUUAACACCAGAGAGGGACCAGACUCUCACUCUGACAGUGGGGAGAGUCCUGCAGGGGAAUCGGACCCAGAGACGCCCAAACCAGCGAGACAACACCGCUGUUCCCAGUGUGGAAAGAGUUUUAAGUGGUUAAGGAACCUCAAAGCACAUGAGAGAACGCAUACAGGAGAAAACCCUUACAAUUGCUCCCACUGUGGAAAGAGUUUUACCAAGUUAGGGAACCUAAAAGAGCAUGAGAGGACACACACAAGAGAAAAGCGUUUCCAAUGUUCCCAGUGUGGAAAGAGGUUUACCCAGUUACGGUACCUGAAACAACAUGAAGAAAUACACACAGAAGAUAGGAAGACCUACCACUGCUCUCAGUGUGGAAAGAUAUUUACUGGGUUAGGGAACCUGAAAAUACAUAUGAGAAUACACUCUGGAGAGAAGCCUUACCACUGUUCCCACUGUGUAAAGAGAUUUACUCAGUUAGGGAGCCUGAAAACACAUGAGAGGGGACACACUGGAGAGAAGCCUUAUCACUGUUCCCACUGUGAAAGGAAUUUUAGGUGGUAUGCGAGCCUGAAGGAGCAUGAGAGAAUACACACAGGAGAAAAGCCUUACCAAUGUUCCCGGUGUGAAAAGAGUUUUACCCAUCGAGGGAGCCUGAAAGCGCAUGAGAGAAUACACUCAGGAGAAAAGCCUUACCAAUGUUCCCGGUGUGAAAAUAGUUUUACCCGGUUAGGGAGCUUGAAAAGGCAUGAGAGAAAACACACUGGAGAAAAGCCUUUCCAACAUACUAAUACACAGGAGGAGAAGACAUACCACUGCUCUCAUUGUGAAAAGACAUUUUCCCAGUCAAAGGAUCUGAAAUCACACGAGAGAAUAGAGAGGCUGUGUUCUGACUUAUGUUUUUGAUUGAGAAAUUGUGUUUUUGUUCAUGCUACAUUAAAUCAUAUUGUAUGAAUGAAA